UUGCCUUCUCGUUCACACCUUGCAAACAAUUCUUGUCAUUUUCGUACUAUUAUUUCAUAGUCAUUGAGAUAAAAAAAAAUUAUUAAUCCUAGUUCAAAAUAUUCUUAAUUUAAUUUUGCAAUUUUACAAGUAAUAUUCAAUUAACUUGAUUGAUAAUGCAUGCAAAAUAUUCGCGAUGAGUGAACUAUUCAUUGUUUCUUAUGAAAAACCAGAAAAAAUGAAAUUGCUAUGCUGUUGAAUGGAAAAGGAAAAACGAAAUGUCGAAGAAAGAAGAGAUGACACCAUCGGGACGUUCAUUGAACUUGACCUUCGAUGGACUAUCAUACAGUGUACGUGCAGGGAUUUUAAAAAAAGAAAAUCGUCAACUCUUAACAAAUAUAAGUGGUGAUUUCCGAGUUGGAGAAUUAACAGCAAUAAUGGGUCCAUCAGGAGCAGGAAAAUCUACGUUCUUGGAUAUUCUCGCUGGAUUUACAAUACCAACUACUGGUACAGUUUUAGUAAAUGGAAGUCCCCGUGAUUUGUCUGAAUUUCGAAGAAACUCUGCAUACAUCAUGCAAAAUGAUAAUCUAGAACCACUUCUUACUGUUGAAGAAAGCUUGCGCAUUGCAGCAGAACUUAAACUACAGUCGAAUCAUAAUGAAAAAAUUCAAAGAGUUGAUCAAAUAAUUUCGGCCUUGGGCUUGGACACUUGUAGACACACUAGAACUUGCAGCUUAAGUGGAGGCCAAAGAAAAAGACUUGCAAUAGCUCUUGAACUUGUAAAUAAUCCUCCAGUUAUGUUUUUUGAUGAACCAACAAGUGGUCUUGAUAUUGUAACAUCUAAACAAUGUAUCAGUUUACUGAAAGCAUUAGCAAGAGAGGGUCCGAGAACUGUAGUUGUAACAAUUCAUCAGCCUAGUGCAACACUAUUUGAUAUGAUGGAUCACCUGUAUGUAAUUGUAGACGGUUAUUGUGUAUAUACAGGAGGUACUAAACCUUUACUGUCAUAUCUUGCAAAGUUCGGAUUACACUGCCCAACUUAUCACAAUCCAGCUGACUUUUUGAUGGAAAUAUGCAAUGGUGAUUAUGGUAAAUGGAACGAGAAACUCGUGGAGUCCAUAAACAAUGGAAAGUGUAAUAGUUGGAGAUCGAUUUCUUAUGAAAAAGAUUCAUGGGGAUUUACUCCUAUAUUUAGAAGAGGAUUAAGUCUAGAAUUUCCAGAAAGUCAUGUUAAUUAUACACUUAAUUCUAAACAAUAUGCCACAGGAUUUUUUAAACAGCUAUAUGUACUUGUCAAAAGGAAUGCUAUAAAACUAUCUAGAGACAGAAUUUUAACAUUUAUACGAUUAGGAAUGCACUGUAUUAUUGCUAUUAUUGUAGGAAUAAUUUAUUUUGAUAUUGGUGAAGAUGCAGCUUAUGCUUUGAAUAAUUUCAAUCUGUUAUUUUUUAGUCUCAUGUUUCUCAUGUUUUCUGCAUUCAGCGCUACAAUAAUUACUUUUCCAUUAGUUUUACCCAUCAUUUCUCGUGAACAUUUCAAUAGAUGGUACAAAUUACGUUCAUUUUAUAUUGCAAAUAAACUAGCUGAUCUUCCAAUUCAAGUAGUUGCAGUAUCCAUUUAUACUUUAAUUGUUUACUUAAUGACGGGACAAAUUCUUGAAGGAAAAAGAUUUAUAUUAUUAUCAAUAGCUUGUGUUGUUGUUAGCCUUGUUGCCCAGAUCAUUGGAGUCAUCGUAGGAACCGGAUUGAAUAUGCAGAAUGGAGUAAUUUUCGGCUCCCUGUUUAUAAUGCCAUUUGUGAUCUUCAGUGGAUUUUUUGUACACAUUAAUGAUGCUCCACCAUAUCUUCAAUGGCUUUUUCAUGCUUCUUUUUUGAAAUAUGGCUUUGAAUGUGCCAUGACAUCAAUGUAUGGAUUUAGUAGACCAAAGAUGCUUUGUUCUGAUGAUUAUUGCCACUUUAUUUCACCUCAGAAACUUAUGAAAGAGUUUGGAAUGAUUCAUGUUGAAUAUUGGUUUUCAAUGAUUAUUCUUCUUUUUUUAUAUCUUGUGCUUGAUUUAUUCGCAUACGUUAUUCUUAGAUUAAAAUUAAAAAAACUUAUCUUUGAAGUGGAUGAAGUUUUUAUUUUUGUAUUUGUUAUUAAUAUGAAUGAGACUAACGAUGAAAAUGGCAUCUUAAUGCCUCCACUGUCAUCACCAAGUUGCACACUUGACCUUGAGAGAGCACACAAUAAAAAUUUUAAUAUUUCUUCAAAUGAGUUUAACGAUAACUUUCAUAUUAACAUUGACUUUAAAGAUCUUAUUUAUUCAGUAAAAACAAGGCAGAAAGGAGAAGUAAAAAAAGAAAUACUUCAUGGGAUCAAUGGUUACUUUAAUUCAAAGAGCCUUAAUGCUAUUAUUGGUCCUUCUGGUGCUGGAAAAACUAGUCUUAUAAGUAUUUUAUGCGGGUUUAAAAAUUUAAAUAUACAAGGAACAAUUAGAAUCAAUGGAAUCUCAAGCAAUUCAGAUACUCUACGUAAAAUAUCUUGUUAUGUUCCUCAAGAGUUUGAACUUUUGCCCUGGCUAACGACAAAAGAAACUUUGUACUUUGCCACAAGGUUAAAAAUUUCGAAAAUGCGACAAAAAUACUAUCAAGAAAUUGUCAAUAAUGUAGCGGAUAAACUAGGACUUGCAGAUAAUCUUGAAACCAUGACACAAAAUUUGAGUGGAGGAGAAAAAAAACGAUUGUCUAUUGGAGUGGAAAUUGUUACCAAUCCUAUGGUAUUAAUUCUAGAUGAACCUACCAGUGGACUGGACAGUUUAGCAUCAAGCCAAGUGAUAGCUUUAUUAAAAAACAUGUCUCAGAAUGGAUGCAACGUCAUUUGUUCAGUUCAUCAACCCAGCAGCCAAAUGAUGACCAUGUUUGAUAAUUUAUUAGUUUUGGCUAAUGGCCGAGAACUUUAUUGCGGGCCCCAGACGAGUGUUAUUAGCACUUUUGAAAGAGCAGGGUUCAAUUGCCCUUCAUUUUAUAAUAUUGGGGAAUAUGUGAUUGAAGUAGCAACAGAACGUAGAAUUGGCGACCUUGACUUGCUGCGGAAACUAACUGAUGAAUUACUAUCGUUAAACUCAUCAGUAAUAAAUCAUAAAUUUCUUCAUGAACCGCUGAAUACUAAAGAAAUUCAAAUGAAAUGUAAAAAUCAUUCGGAACGAAGAUCAAUCACGUGGACUGAUGAACUUCGUGUUCUUCUUUGGCGUGCAAUCACGUGCAUUCGUCGAGAUAAUACCAUGACACGAUUGAGAUUAUUAGUACAUGUAUUGGUAGGAAUUCUCCUUGGGAUAGUAUUUCAAAAUUUUGGAGAAGAUGCUGAAAAAACUCCUAGUAAUAUUGCCAGUCUUUUUUUCUUCCUGCUCUUUCUAUUUUUUUCUAAUGCAAUGCCUGCAGUACAAAUGUUUCCUAUUGAAGCAGCAGUAUUCAUUAGAGAACAUUCAAAUAACUGGUAUAGUCUAGGGACUUAUUAUAUAUCCAAAGUUAUAACUGAUCUCCCACUGCAGAUUCUUUGUCCAACAUGUUUUCUCAUUAUAGCCUACUGUUUAACAGGACAACCAUUGGAAUUUGAUCGUUUUAUAAAAGUAUGGCUAAUGUGUUUCCUUAUGUCAAUAUUAGCCCAAUCUUUUGGUAUCUUGACAGGUGCCGCAUUUAAUACUCAUGUUGGCUGUUUUCUCGUACCUGCUUUAAAUAUUCCAAUGUUUCUUUUUGCCGGAUUCUUUAUUAAACUUAAUGAAAUCUCAUCUUAUCUUUAUCCUUUGAGUGCUAUAAGUUUCUUUAGAUAUGCAUUUGAAGGAAUUCUUCAAGCAAUUUAUGAUAAUGAUCGACCAUCUCUAACAUGUAAAGCAGAUUUUUGCUUAUUAAAAUCACCAAGGUUUAUCCUUUCUUAUAUGGAUAUGCCUUCAGUAAGUUUUACAACUAUUACUUUAAGCUUACUUAUAUGGAUUAUAUGUCUUCAUUGCUUAAUUUUCCUUGUACUUAAAUGUAAAUUUAUUAAUUUAUGUAAAAAAUAAUUUUUAUAGUUUUAUAUUUUUUAUUUUUAUAAUUUUAUAAUAUUUUAGAAAAUCAAGAUAAAGUGGAAAAAUCUAUA